CGAGUGCUGUUCCCCAAAAAGCUAGGCUGCCAUCUCCGAGCCCUCGGGGCGCCUUCUCGCCAUGGCGUCCGGCGAAUCCCAGAAACAUCUCCUCUCGCUGAUCCGCAAUUUCGCCUCGGAGAAAUCCCAAGAAGAGCUUAGGGUGUCCGAUCGUAAGAAGCGGCUCCUCGAACUUCAGAACGAUCUCAAUGUUGCAAAUGCCGACCUCGAUGGGGCCAAGCGGUCCAGGGAGAUGGUCGAGCAGGAGCUGAGGGGAUCGCAGGUUCAGCUUUCUAUGAUUGGUGCAUCAAUCCAUGCGCAAGAGGCGAGGAUUUCUCUGCUGCAGGAGGAGAUAUUGAAGCUCCGUUCUGAUCUGGAUACACUCAAGAGUGAAGUGCGUUUCAUGCGAGACGAAUUUGUUAACAGUAUGUGCGAGCUGAACAAGAAAAUAAGAAACACAAAAUUACUUGAUAUGCAAGGCUUUCUAAAAGGUCUUGAAGAUAACAUUACAUGCCUCAGCACUCAGAUGCAUGAGUUGGAAGCAGAGUACGAAAAAGAAAGACAUAAUCGUGAUAAGGUUUGUGAACAGCUUGCCCAUGUUGAAAGGAGAUGGUUUCUUGUGACAGCCAUCAUGGAAGAAACGAAGCAGCUGCAGGAACUAGCAAAGCAGACAUCUGAGUUGGAGAAGGUAUAUGCUUCUCUUGGGGAGGACUUGCAGAAGAAGUGCACAUGUCCAGGCUGUGGAUCAAACAACAUUGAAGACGGAGGGAACUGAAGCCACCUGAGGUAUGUCUUAUCCAGUAUCUGCAAUUCUAGAUACAAGACAUAGGUAAGACCAUGAAGCCAUUGGCAAAUAUUGCGGCUUGCACAGCACAUCUUUGAAUGAUCAUGUCCGGUUUCUUAUAAAAAUAGAAACGAUGCUACCUUAAACGGAUGCAAUUUAACUUCGAAGCAGACUUGUGCCAGAAGGAUGAUAUAUGUUACAUCUUGCUAAGAGGAAAAGUCUGAACAUAUACAGCUUAGAUUGGCUUACACACAAAA